UCCAUGCUGCACUCCGAGCCACUCUGUUUCCCUGGAGACGCUUUGAGCGUCUCCUGUCUGCUGCAAGCCAAGCCACUAACCUGGGAUGAGAGGACGGCUCCCUGAACCCACCGCCUGCAGGAGCUUAGUCAGGGGACACAGAACCACAGUCCCAGAGCCAGUUUUCUGAGCCCCCAAUGGCCGCCUUUCCCCCACUGCCCAUGACUCGUACAAGGCUUGCGACGUUAGCCAGGCAGAAACUACCAUGCUCUUCAAAAACAAUCCCAAGGAGCCAGUUGAUCAAAGAGAAAGAUGACAUAGAUUAUUACCUGGAGCAGAAUUUGAAAGGGCUGUCGAAAGAAGAGGUGGCUGCCCACAGGAACUCAUACAAGAAGAGCAUCUGUGUGGACAUGCUGCGAGAUGGCUUCCACAAGUCCUUCACCGAGCUCUUCAAGCUGAUAGAACAGUGGGAAGAGCUGCGGAAAGCUGCGCAGGCACGGUCCCUCUUCUGGCAGCAGAGGCCUCUGGAGGACCAGCCAGACAAGUUGGACAAUUUCUAUCACCACUUGACCAGGGCCGAGGCUGCGGAGAGGAAAGGAUACUAUGAAGAGGUAUACAACAACCUGUAUGCUCUGGCCUGCUAUUUCGAUAAUUCUGAGGACAAGUGGGUGAGGAAUCACUUCUAUGAACGUUGUUUUAAUAUUGCUCAGCUGAUCAAAGCUGACGGUGGGAAGAAAGAAGCAGAGGCGGAGGCACACAUGGGCCUUCUUUUCGAGGAAGAAGGCGAGUUUCUGAAAGCUGCUGAGCAUUACGAAGCAUUCCAUGAAUUGACACAGGGACGGCUAUGGAAGGAUGAGAAGGGUCAGUUUUUCAACUUGGUGGCUUGCGAAAGUCUCGUGAGGACAUACAGACUGCUCUCAGACAGAAUGCUGGAAAACAAAGACUACAAACAGGCCAUCAAAAUCCUAAUAAAAGCUUCUGAAAUAGCCAGAGAAGGCAAUGACAGAAGCAUGGAAGGAGAGGCUUCCUACUAUCUGGGCUUGGCCCACUUGGCUUCUGGAGAAUAUGAAACCGCACUAACAGUGCUUGAUAGAUACAGUGAGAUCUCCACAAGUCUAGAUGAUGACCUUAGCCUGGGGAGAGCCUACGAGGCGAUCGCCAAGGUCCUGCAGAGCCAAGGAGAGACAUCAGAAGCAAUUAAAUACCUGGAGAAGUUCGUGAUAAUCGCAAAAAACAACUUCCAAAGCCUCGAUGUGAUUCAAGCGUGCAUGAUGCUCGGUGACAUCUACAAUGAAAAGGGGCAAUACAGCAAGGCUUCCGAGUACUUCCAGCAAGCUUUCAGCACCGCAUUGGAGCUCAUGAAAAUAGCGCUCAUGGACGAAACCAAAGUCCACUAUGGCAUAGCCAGAGCCCACCAGAUGAUGCUGACGAUGAAGGGUUAUAUCGAAUCUGCCGACUCAAACAGCCUUAACUGCCUGCUGUCCUGGAAGGAGUCAAGAACUCAAAUCGAGUAUGACCCGAUUCUGGGAGAGUCUAGAAGAGCCACAGAAGAUGACAUAUAUCAAUUCCCAGAUGUUCAGGAGGAAGCGAGAAGGUCUCCAGAUAGUCAAUAAUGUGAAACUGAAGUGGCUCAACGUCAAAGCAAGAAGAAAUUUAGCACAUAGCCUUAGACCUCAUUAGACAGGAGCACAUAACAAGUGAUAGGAAGUUAUUGGAAAAAAAAGAUUACAGUUGUUUUUAUUGAAUAUUGUGCAGCCAUGACUAUGGCAAGUUUAUGAAGAUGAAGUAUAGCUUAAAUGGUUAGGACAACCAACAGUUACUCAUAAAAUACACUCUAGAACGUCUCCUCCUACACGCUGCUUCACAAGAACUGACAUCCAGGAGUUUUAAUCUGAAUUGUUUCUGAUUGCAAAAUAUCUACAAGUUAAAGAAAUCUUUCACACUGAAUAAAUACACAAUAAUCUGCUAAAAUCCCAGGGAGACCUCAGCAGACACAAAGGGGCACGAGCAGUCUGUGCUUGUAUUGCUAAGUGCUGCUCAAUUUGCUUUAUAAUUCAUGGCGUGCUUAGCCGACAGGACACAACCUAACAUGCCCAUGUCCAUUGAGGAAAAUCCAUCAGUCUCAGGAACCUCUGCUGGUGUGCUUGCUACUGAAAGACUGUAGCUGAGAGAGUUACGUCUGAAACCUCUGGAGCCCCUCAGGUGGCUCCAUAAAGGUAGUACAUUAUUACCAAGAAUAAAGACUUUAUUUCUUUUCAGUGCAGUCAGGGUGUUUUCCUUCUGUUUUGCAAUUGCAGAGCAGAAACUAAUCCUGGGACCAUGUAGUGUUCAGAGAGUGUUCAGGCGCGCAAAGGUACUACCACCAGCCCAGAGGGUUGGGUUCAGCAGCAGUGUGGCACAGAUGAAUCAGGGUCUGCACUAAAAUGCUUAGCUAAGGUGAAUUAGCCGAGAGGGUCCUCCUGGGCUUCCAGCCAAUUCCCACAACACCCCAGUCCCUGGGUGUGUCUUCUGGUUCUCACCCUUUAAGUCUGCCCCAGAUGUCUGCUUCAGGCAGAUGGGAAUUACAGAACACUAAGAUGAGACCUGAAAGGGGGCAGAAGUGUUGAGAACUUAGUCAGCAGUCACCAACAUUAGAGCUUCCUGAAAGACUGGGUCGCAUUUUUCCAAAAAUGUCCUAUUUGAUCUAUUAAAAUGGGUUGCUGUCCAGAAAUUGACAAACACACUUGUGAACCAUGAAAAGACCCAAUUUAUAUUAAAAUGUUUAACA